GUUGUUGACUUGAUGCUGGUCAACAACAACAGCUGCUUUGCCAGAAUCUAAACGUUGGAUGGCGAUGUGACGUGUACGUCAACCACCCGUGUGAGGUCUGAAACUUGUUGGAGUGUGUCCGCUGCUCGUCCAUGGUGCGGGUCUGAACAGGAGCACCAUGGCAAUGUGGAUCCAGGCCCAGCAGCUGCAGGGUGAGGCAUUGCACCAGAUGCAGGCUCUGUACGGCCAGCACUUCCCCAUUGAGGUGCGCCACUACCUGGCCCAGUGGAUUGAAUGCCAGCUCUGGGAUUCGGUGGAGUUGGACAACCCGGCAGAGGAAGCCAAAGCCAAGCGUCUGCUGGAAAACCUGGUAGGCGAGCUGCAGAAGAAAGCCCAGCUCCAGGGAGGAGAGGAUGGCUUCCUGCUCAAGAUCAAGCUGGGUCACUAUGCCAACCAGAUAAAGAGCACUUACGACCGCUGUCCUUUGGAGCUGGUGCGCUGCAUUAAACACAUCCUCCACUCAGAGCAACGGCUGGUUCAAGAAGCUACCGAUGCCAGCUGUGGGAGUGGGGUGCAGGCUAUGGACAGCCUGUCGCAGCGCCACCAGCAGAUAAACCAGUCCUUUGAAGAGCUCCGCCUGGCCACACAGGAGACGGAGAAUGAACUGAGAAAGCUGCAGCACAGCCAGGAGUACUUCAUCAUCCAGUACCAGGAGAACCUGCGCAUCCAGGCCCAGCUGAGCAGCCUGUCGUCGCUGCCUCAAGCUGAGCGCACCCAGCGGGAGACCACCCUACAGAGUAAGAGGACCACGGUGGAUGCCUGGCUCACCAGAGAGGCCAGCACAUUACAGAAAUACAGGCUUGACCUGUCAGAACAACACCAGAAGACCCUGUCCCUGCUGAGGAAACAGCAGACUCUGAUCCUGGAGGAGGAGCUCAUCCAGUGGAAGAGGAGGCAGCAACUGGCUGGCAACGGGGGUCCUCAUGAAGGGGGACUGGAUGUCUUGCAGUCCUGGUGUGAGAAGCUAGCUGACCUAAUCUGGCAGAACCGGCAGCAAAUUCGACGCUGUGAGCAUCUCACCAAGCAGCUUCCUCUGCCAGGCCCCAUGGAGGAGCUGCUGAGCAAACUCAAUGCCGACAUCACCGACAUCAUCUCUGCCCUAGUUACUAGUACCUUUAUCAUUGAAAAGCAGCCGCCCCAGGUCUUGAAGACCCAGACCAAGUUUGCAGCCACGGUGCGCCUCCUGGUGGGCGGGAAGCUUAACGUCCACAUGAAUCCCCCUCAGGUCAAGGCUGUCAUUGUUAGCGAGCAGCAGGCCAAAGCUCUGCUGAAGAAUGAGAGCACACACAGUGAAAGUAGUGGAGAAAUCCUGAACAACAACUGUGUAAUGGAGUAUCAGCAGGCAACUGGCACCCUCAGUGCACACUUCAGAAGCAUGUCAUUAAAGCGGAUCAAGCGGUCAGACCGGCGAGGUGCUGAGUCUGUGACGGAGGAGAAGUUCACCGUUCUGUUCGAAUCCCAAUUCAGCGUCGGGGGCAACGAGCUAGUCUUCCAUGUCAAAACCUUAUCGCUGCCCGUGGUAGUGAUCGUCCACGGCAGUCAGGACAACAACGCCACAGCCACUGUCCUGUGGGACAAUGCCUUUGCUGAGCUGGGCAGAGUGCCAUUUAUUGUGCCAGACAAGGUGCUGUGGCCCCAGCUGUGUGACACCCUUGAUACGAAGUACAAGGCAGAGAUGCACAGUGGGCGUGGCCUGUCGGAGGACAACAUGGUCUUCCUGGCACAAAAAGCUUUCACUAACAGCAGCAACAACCCUGAGGACUCCCGAAACAUGACCAUAUCCUGGGCCCAGUUCAACCGGGAGAGCUUACCUGGACGAAACUUUACCUUCUGGCAGUGGUUUGAUGGAGUUGUGGAGCUCAUGAAGAAACAUCUGAAACCUCACUGGAAUGAUGGAGCCAUCCUGGGCUUUGUUAAUAAGCAGCAAGCACAGGACAUGCUGCUGUCCAAACCCAACGGCACCUUCCUGCUGAGAUUCAGCGACUCUGAGAUUGGAGGCAUCACCAUCGCCUGGGUAGCUGAGAACCCCAACAAACCAGGUGAAAGGCUGGUCUGGAACCUGUUGCCUUAUACAACUAAGGACUUCUCUAUUCGAUCGUUGGCUGACCGCAUCAGUGACCUGAACCACCUACUGUUUCUCUACCCGGACCGGCCCAAAGACGAAGUCUUCGCCAAGUACUACACCCCCCCGCUUUCAAAAGCAGUGGACGGAUAUGUAAAACCGCAGAUCAAACAAGUUGUGCCAGAAUUCACCACCCCAAACCCUGAACCCAGUGGAGGAGCUCCUACCUUCAUGGACCAAACGGCUUCUCCCUCUGUGAGCCUCCCCAACAACUUUGGUGUCUUCCCUUCUAUGAGUGACACUAUUUUGGACCCAGAUGGAGAUUUUGACCUGGAUGACACGAUGGACGUGGCUCGCCAUGUGGAGGAGCUUCUCCGCAGGCCGAUGGCGAACCAGUGGAGCAGUCAGCAGUCCUGAAAGUGCCCAACACCUUCAGGUCCCCUUAUACAACUUACCUAACAGACACCCACCAACUGAAAUGCUGAAAAAUGUAAUGGAAAUUAUUAGUAUUUUAUUCCCAACACAAAUGUAAGUAACUAAGUAAGACUAUGUAACUUUUUUUUAGCUUCUGUCACCACACGUGGUAUUUAAAGGAAGUUGUACUUGCUUUCAUUUCCAAGGAUUCUCCAGUUGCCUUAGAACAUCCUUGUUAGGUGAGCUGAGAAACCUCAGGAAGCGACAAACAUGUGGUACAUUGGCGCUCUUGCUCUGUCAUUAGCUUAGCUGUGGCUUUAACCUUCAUACCAGAAUAAAAACCAAGCUGCUGUGUCCUAUGGAGGCUUAACUCAAACCGGCCAAAAUGUAACUUUUGCUAAUGGUAAUCAGGUAAUUGGUGCAACCAGUAUCUCCCACGAUUCCCCAUUAAGGACAACACAAUGCACAAAUGUGUCAAUGUGGUAUUACUUCUGUGCUGAUCACAGAAACGUACUGAUGCUCUGGCAAAGGAAGGAAAGAAGAUAAUUGCGGUCAUGGCCAGCUAGUAAACAAACAUGUGAACUAUGCAGGUCUACAAGAAAUCUGCAGAUGUUUUAUGAGGAAAUGCUCAGGAAACCUUAGUUAGGUCUAAAGUAUGCAUGCACUGUUUUGAUGAGUAACACUGACUGUAGAGAGGAACUUUGUUUACAUGUAUAUUAAAAAUACACUGAUACAUUUUGUGACUAUGGAAAACCACUAGAUGUUGUUUCAGUGGUACGAGAGAAAUCAACUGGGCUGAACCGUAAAUUCACUAAAACCAAUUUCAUCACCUACCCUUUUCUGAGAUUAAAGAGUGUCCAGCAGAUUUAUGCUGAGUUCUCCAUAAUUAUGGUUAUAUUGACACAGCAGUCGGGAUUAGCUGAGCAGACUCAGCAGAUUCUGUUAGAUGAACCCUUUUCAAAAGCGCAGCUAAGCUAGUCGGAUGCGAGGUGACACAGCAGCAGCUUUAAGUAGGAGCCCCAGCAUGUUUUCUGUAACGUGCUCAUGCACAGCGUGGCGGGGAGUCAUCCCUCAGCCAGCUGAGUUGGUAGUCUGAGGUCCCCUCGACCAAGCCAAGAGGACGAAUCCAUCAUGUGAACUCAAUGACUCGUAAGAGAAUGAUUUGUUUGAUGCUUUCAAAGGUUAAAUAGUCUGGUUUUCAAGAUCUAAAAAUGUAAUUCUAAAUUUGUUACUGCUAUUGGUUCUUUUUGUAUAUUUUAUAGUAUUUUAUAUUACAGCCAUUCUUCUGUUUUGGUACUACAGUGCCUAAAAGCAUCAUGUUUAAUUGGUCGCAGACAUAGAUAUGGUUCUAGAUACCAUAAAUGUGUCUCAUGAAGUCAAUAAGUGCUUAUUGAUUUCCACUUUCCCAAGUCUGACUUUGUUUUGUUUUUAUCCUUGUAAGUUGAAUUUUGAAUACAAAUGUUGGUUUAUAAUGAUCAUUUUAACGGAUAUUCUGUCAUUCUUUUUUACAUAUCCUAAUAUGCAUAAGAAGAUGAAAUGUGUCUUUGGGGUUUACAAGCCAUCUCAAGUAGGGCUUGGGUUUGCUAGGCAUGAAAUAUUGUUGCAUAAAAUCUGGGACAAACCAGCAAGUAUAUGCUGAAAUGCAAACUGAGAAGCCAAGUCCAGUAUCUCCUUCUCCUCCAAUGGAACCCGCUCAGGCUGUCAGUCACUAAAUCUCUGGAGUCAGCUGUCUCUUCAGGCCUCCCCAAAGCCAUUUCAAACUUUAUGAAUCUACUACGCCUCUAUCAGGAUGAGUUAUUUACCUCAAGUGAGUGUAGUUCCCCUUUUUUAAAGUGCCAUUUAGAGCCAUGUUUUUACAUGCGAGUCAACUCUGAAUCCAUUUCAACAACAUGCACAUGUUUGUCACCCACUGGGCCUGGAUUAAAGUAUUCAGUAUAAUAUAAUCAGUCUGAGUGAUGCAUUCUAGAGACUCUGAGGUGUGAUAUUGUUUUGUGGCGGUCGGACUGUGACUGUUGUAUUGAAUGUCUUCAAUUUAAUGUGAGGAACUUUUAACUGGUUCUGUAAUGGUCUAAAUGUAGCACUGAAAUCAGUAGUGAUGCCUCUAAAUUACCUCAAUAGGUGAACUAGACCAUCAGAGAAGAUUAACUAUACAGGUAUAGUUUGAAGAUCUGGAGCAAGGAGGAGAGCUCAGCUCCCAGCAGCAACAUCUCCUCCUCCUGGAGCAGAGUCUCUCCUCGCUCCUCCUCCAUUCCCCACUGGGAGCCAACAGCGACACCACGCUGCUGGAGCCCCACGCAUUAUUGAAGGGCCCGCUGUAACAAAAGGGAUGCUAGGGAGGGCUGAACCAGGACUGAUUGUGGCAAACUGUCAUUUCAAUAAAUUUUAUUUUGUAUAGCCCAAAAUCAGAAAUUUGCCUCACAGGGCUUUACAGUCGUACACAUGUGACAUCCUCUGUCCUGAAACCCUCUCAUCACUAAGGAAAAACGCCCCCAAAGAACCCUGCUCAGUCAAAUGAGAGGUUUUCUGAAGGGAUGCUGGCACUGAAGCACUACCACUUUAGUCCACAAGGAGCACCAGAAUCAACGCAAAAUAAAAGUUCCUUGUAGUAGUAAAGUCAGUAGAUUCCUUUGGGAGAAUGUUCAAACCUCAUAGUUUGUCGUACUACUCGGUGAGAAGCAUUGAUCAUGUAUUCGUCUCUGGUGAUAAUCAUUGAGUCAAAUCUUGAUUAACUUCACGACGUUGCUGAAUCCUAUGCCUUUUUUAUAUCACUUUUUCUCCAUGCUUGGUGAUGAUUUUCAGUAAUUGUUUUGUGCCUGUCACUCCUUACUUUGGCGAUUAGAGGUUUCACACAUCAGUCUGUGAAUGUGGGCUGUUAAAGGACAUUCUAAAGCCCCCGCCAUUCCCGCUGCACCACUACUGCACCAGCCUCAACCUAUGAACGUUUUAUUCCUUUUAGAAAACAAGACUCGCCCCAAAGGAAAGAAGACCGUAAACCUCAAGAAAACUCACUGUGAUAUAAAUGGUCAAAAUCAACCAAAUACCUGAUAACAUGGGAGACCUUUUCAGCUCCUUGUGCCUCUAAUGCCUUUUGUUAUGUAUUGUCAAAUGGAAGCUGAAACAUAAACUUGGUCAGCGAAAGCGAAAAAUAACUUUGACCUGCAGUAAACUAAUGUUUAUGGUGUUUGUCUUCAGUGUAACACUCUCCUCUAGCUCCCUGCAGCCUUUGACCUGUAUGCGAGCUUUGUAUUUACUUCCACAUGUGCAACAUUUGCUGGAAGUUUGAUCUUUGGAUAUUGGACUUGAAAUAAACAUUUAUUUUUAAUUA